UGCAUUGGUUUGGUUCGUUUGCACACAGAAAGUCAUUCGCCAUGCAUAUGAAUCAAUGCUUGUUCAUUCUCGCAGUCGGUGAGUCAGCGAAAGGCAUACAUACCACGCUGUUCAGUCAGUCACAUAAACUUACAUAGAGAAUGAUCGAUGCUCAAGGAACCAGCGACUCGAUUGACAACAAAGACUGACGUACAGAGCAGGGGGGGAAGAGCCCAACUAGGCUAUGUAAUGUACAUACACCCAUCCACCAUCCCCACCCACGCAGCCUCUUCACACAUGCAUCUGCAACUAACUACCUUGGGCUGCCCACAGCGGCGACGCGCUGACGCAGCCCAUCCCCUUCGGCUGGAUUGCCCGCCUGCUGCGGCAUUCCUUCAACAGGAGGACCCUCAAUUUGCGUCAGGACAGUGUCACAUGAUAAAGGUGAGCCUCUGGCGGGUGGUGAGACAUUCCCUGAGAAAAGAAGAAACGACCUCACACAGUCUCAGUUGGAGAUAUGCCUGCCUGCCUGCCUGCCUGCCGCCCGCGUCGCUCACCACCAUUGGACGCCUGGUUCACAGCAGGCCCGACCAUCUGAUGGCUGGUAUUUGCGCUCGUCUGUUCCUCCGCAGCCCCUCCAGGCUGCGGACCGGCUUCUUGAAUGCGUUUGCGCAGCUCCUCUCGCGCCUUUCUCAGCAAGCCCUCCAAGAACCGGCAGCGUUCGAUAGCCUCAUCGACAUCGAUCUCGCACUCCAGAAAGUUCAUCUGGCGGCGAUGGUCGUUGGGGUCUGCAUCCAAGCGCUCCUUGGCGAGUUGCUUGCAUCCGGACAGCUGCCCGAUGUGCUGGCCAGACCAGCUGGUGAGGGAUUUCAGUUCGUUGACCGUCCGCUCCGCCUCCUCGCGCGUCGCCCAGCGGGUGAGCUCCUUGUACCUCUCAUGUCGGACAACCGCUGAGUUGACCCAGCCAGGCGUCCAGGACGGACAGUGGUCGAGCAGCCAGGUGUACAGCCGGAUGCGGAAGACGCCAAACAAGCCGACGGCGCACGCCACGAGGGCCGCCACCGACACAAGCCCGAAGAACCACGACAUUUCUCCGGAGGGCAACUGGGAAUCAGACGAACUGCACGUGGAGGGCCGGACGGCAGCCCGUCACCAGGACUCUGCAGACACACAACAGCACAGAUGCGGUGUGUACAAGUGCUAUCAUAUUAUGCAGCACCACACAGGCUCACCGAGGCCGUCGCAAAAGCGGCGGAAGUCGUCACCUCUCAGCGAGAAGGGUGCGAAAAGGGUGAGCGAUAGAUCUGCAGGCAAACGUGCACAAACCACAAGGCACCAGCAAUUUGAAGCGCUUCGUUGAUUUUGCCUCUCUGCCUAUCCUCUUACCCUCCAAUGAGGGGACGGGCUUCGUAGCAGCGGUUUCAGGAAGCACCCUUUCAAG